UUCAGCGGAAGUGACGUACUGAUGUUGGACGGAAAGGGCAAUGGCGGAAGUGAGAGGCUAAAACAGGGUCCAGCGGUGUUUGUUGGGGUUCCUAAUCCUGCGUGUUUUAGGCAGGUUUAUUAGAGGCAGGAAUGGCGGACAGACACGCGGAUAAGUCCCGGAUCCGGUCCACAUCCUCCUGCGAAGAGAAAACAGAUAGGGGUAGAGGAAAGAAGAAAAGGAAACGAAGCAGAAGCAGAUCAUCAUCUGUUUCAUCCUCCUCUUCAUCCAGUUCAUCUACUUCCUCCUCGUCCUCCUCCUCCACUUCGCGUUCUUCGUCUUCUUCCAGCAGUCGCAGCAGAGAUUCAUCAAAACCUAAGUCAAGGAAAUCCACCAAGGAAAAGCGCAACAAAAAGAAGUGUAAAAAAGAGCGCAAGUUAAAGAAAAAGAAAGAAAAGAAGAAAAAGAAACAAGAAUCUUCUCCUGUACAGAUAUCAAAGUACCUUAAAGACAAGAAAAGGAAUGAGAACUAUAGUAUGAUCACCGGGAAGAAGAUAAAGAUGAAAGUGAAAAAAACAAAGGAGGACAAAGCGAGGGACAGAAAUCGAGCUGAACUUCUGGAAUUCCUGAACUCCUCCAUGUGAACGGGAAUCGAAUAUGGGCAAACAUACUUAACCUUAUAACGUCUGUGCGACAUAAGGAUUCUAUAGUGUCAUAAAUAUAUAUGAUGUAUAUUUCACGCAAACUUGAAACAUGAAGUGUGAUAUCUACGGAUAGAUAUACCAGAUUACUCUCCUCCAAACAGUUUUAUGUUUGUGGAAAGAGGGGUUGGGUCCCCUGAAGCUUUGAAUAUUACCCACGGAAUUUAUUUCAUUCCUCUGUAAUGGACGAUGGAAGGACUGUCACGGCAGCCACGUGCCUCUGAGUUACUGUUGUGUUUUAAAGGGACAGUAAAGGAGGUGCAUAACUCUGCAAAGUUCGAAUAUUUGUCUGUUUUCUUGUAUACGUCUUCAUUUUAGUUUUUAAUUAUUUCCUAAUUUGUUAAAAAAACAAA